UGUGUAAAAAUAAAGCAGGAGUUUGGGAUGCGGCCUAUUCAAAGGCGUUUUAUUACUGGACACGGUGUUGGAGGCGGAGCCCUGUCCGUUCCCAUGACAGCUGCUCAGUGGUGUGUUGAAGCUCGACUUCCUGGGUAUGAAAAUAUGUGGUUUGCCGAACCGAGCCAGCUAACUUCCGGUUAAGUGCCCGGCAAGCUUGAAUGGGGAUAAAAUAAUUCAAUCACGCGGCUCUUUCUAGACUUUCCAAAUGUUAUUGCACCGACUGGCUCAUAUUAUGAUAAUGAAACUAGUUAUUUCGCGGGCGCUGUGACACUCAAAGGAAUUUACCCCCAGUUUUAUAGACGCUUCUGUCACAAUGUGUGUGUCGUGGCUGUUCUUCUGUUACAGCUGUUUCAGGUGCAUGAAACGUGACACUACACUGAUGGACUGCCUUUCCUGCGGGAAGUGGUAAUGAGGUCAAAAGGUGAUUUUUAUCAGUUUGAUCCACGUUUAAAGAACGUGCAGACAUGCUAAUUUGGGUGGAAAAGCGUUAUAAGAGACUUUAAAGGUUCUCCUUCCUAAAUCGUCGAAUACUGACACCUUGGGUUUGUUGGUCAGUACGACUGCUAUUCAAAAAUCAACUUUUGUACAAAUUGGAACUUUUAAGUGGGUCCGAUUUAACUUUAAGUUUGUACAAUGAAUAAAAGGUUUAUGUCUGUUGAGCCAGCAGAAAACAUAGCAAAGAUUAUUUAGAGUGUUACGCAUUCAGUCAACAGCGUUAAUACUGUGACCUCCUGUUUACAGACAGAAACAAUCAAGUGCAGCAGUAAAAAGGUUAAAAUAUACUCGAUUGGAACCCACAAAUGUAUUAGUUCUCCUCCUCAGUCUAAUAAAAAGGCUCAUAAAAGCCUGGGAGCAUAAUUGUCUUGAAUUGAGUUUAAUUCGACAGUGGAGAAAGGAACAAUAUGACUUAACAGAGUGCAUUUGCUUCAUAAACCAGAAUAAUUAAUAAUCGGGCCUUCUGAGGCACAACCGCUCAUUGAGAGAGACACAGUGUGCCUGAGACGUCUCAGGAAGAUCUGAGCAUGUGAAGAAAGUUUAAAAGGGGUCCUGUUUCUUCUAAAAAUAGCAACUAUAUAGAUCUUGUAACCCGCAACCCUGCAGGUCUUUUUCCUCUGCUGCCACUGAGUGCGAACAGACCUGCGAGGCUGAGAGAUGUGACAUAACGCCUGCAAAAACCAGACUGGGACUGAGCCGGGACUUCUGAAUGACAGCCGAUUAGAAAGUUCACAUCCAGAGUAAGAACUGUUACUGUGACCUCAGAGGUGGAUCAAGAGGCCCGAGAACUAUUUGGAUUCCUGGCUGUGAGCGGCGCUGACUCACCACUGUUGGGAACUGGACGGUUUUCAUGAGAGUCCAAGUGAAGGAUGAGGUGUCACUUUUAGGCUUCUGGUCUUUGAAAGAGCCCUUAUCUCAGCACCUGGAACCCUUGGUAAGGAUUUGAUUGAGGACGGUCCGCAAUUAAAAGGAUUUCGAUUCUUGUCUAAAUCGGGAAUUACACAUCCAAACUGGGAUCUAUGAGCGGAAAAGUGGCGAAGCCUAAAGAAGACAAGGAUGCUUCCAAGGUCCAGGAUGACGCUGCCCCAGGUACCCAGGAGUACAUUAUGUUACGGCAGGACUCCAUCCACUCUGCGGAUAUAAGGAGUAAAGGGUCCCCAUUUCGUGCUAAGUGUCACGAAAUCUUCUGCUGCCCCCUGAAGCAAGCCGUCCACAAAGAGAGCGCAGAGCCCGAAGAGCCCCAGCUGAAGGGGAUCGUGACGAAGCUGUACAGUCGACAAGGUUUCCACCUGCAGCUGCAGGCGGAUGGAACCAUUGAUGGAACGAAGGAGGAAGACAAUGGUUACACCAUGUUCAACCUUAUUCCAGUGGGGCUGCGAGUGGUGGCCAUCCAGGGGGUGCAGACCAAACUCUAUCUGGCUAUGAACUGUGAGGGCUUUUUGUACACAUCAGAACACUUUACGCCAGAGUGCAAAUUCAAGGAGUCGGUGUUUGAGAACUAUUAUGUGACAUACUCCUCCAUGAUAUACCGGCAGCAGCAGUCAGGCAGGGGCUGGUACCUCGGUCUGAACAAGGAAGGAGAAAUCAUGAAGGGGAACCAUGUCAAGAAGAACAAGCCAGCAGCCCACUUCCUCCCCAAACCUCUAAAAGUGGCAAUGUACAGAGAGCCAUCCCUCCAUGACUUGACAGAGUUCUCCCGCUCUGGCAGCGGCACACCCACCAAGAGUCGGAGUGCCUCGGCUGUGCUCAACGGAGGCAAAGCCGUGAGCCAGAAUGAGUCGACGUAGCCCGUCAACCGAACCCAGGCCUGGGGCCGAACCACGAAACCUUACCUCCAGCAGAGCGUGAAUCCAAGCAGACUUCUCUCACUGAUCAGCGGUUCAGGACUAGCUACGACAACAAACCACACAAAACACCCAGAUACCAUCAGUUAUCAACAGUUAGGUACCAUCCUGGUCAAUCAUCAUCAAAACAGCAUCAAUAGUAAGAGACUUAACAGCACAUAAACCAUUCUGGACUUAUAAAACAAAUUAAUAUUUUGUUUUCGGCUUGAGAUUAUCUAUUAUCUUAAUCACAUACCAGUUAGCUCAUCUUUAUCUUAUUUUAUUUAUCAAUUUUCUGUGGACAAUAACUUUUCUUUGGUCAUGUACACACCAAGCACUCGUGCAUCUGUCAGACAGGGACAGGAAGUUAGACGUGUAGACAUUCAGGGCAGCCAGAAAUGGUGCUGAGUCUACGAGGCUGCCGUGGUACAGUAAAAGCCCUGAUCUCUGUCUCAUCCAUGCUUCUGUGAAUACAAAGCCUAUAAACUCCCUGGCGUGGCACAGCCUAGUGCUGCUGGGACUGUGGCCAGCCAGACGGUAGCUCUCCUGCGUCCUAGUGCACACGCUCAGAGACUGAGCUCUCUAGCAUGGGAAAAUGAAGCCUAUGUUCAGCUGACCUGAAAUAUAAAAGGGACAGUGUGGCUCUCUUGCAGUUUUUGUUUCCUUUCAGAAAUGCCACAGCUGCACCUUGGUUUUUUGCUAAUUUUCUGAAUUAGCUGAGAGCUGUUUAUUUGAUAACCGGUUUCAUGUUUUUGUCCCCUCUUGUUCUCUUUCCUCUCCAUUGUUCAGUAUUCGUAUUUUUUGUUGCUGUUUCAUCAUUGAGAGGGGUUCCAGCAAACCAAAGACAGAAACGAAAGAGUGUCCCUUUAAGCCGCUGAAAAACCAAGUCAGUAUAAGGCAAAGCUGGAUUUUUUUUUUCAUUGUACAUUUUUGAUGAAAGAAAGCAAAGAUUCUGUGGAAAAAGGAACAAUGGACAAAGGAAGUGAUUUUAAACACUUUGAAGUUGGCAGCGUGCUUGAUGUUGUGCUUUUUUGCUGAUAUGCUCGACGGCCGAGGUAUGAAACGACUAGCCAGUGUCCCCAUUCCCUUUUGUUACCACUGUGUCACAAUGUCUCCGUCUCUUGUCCUCGUGAUAUGUUUCCUCUUCUCUGUGCUUGUGUCAUACUUCGAUCCCCACGCCACCCUUUUCUGUCAACUUAUAUUGACUGAUACAGUUCACCAUAGGAAUAUGGUGCAAGCCCCUUCCCAGGAUGCUUGUUAUGUGUUUGAGUAACUUAUUGUGGUGACAAUAUUUUCUAUAUUUAAAAAAAGAAUACUGUGGACUUUUAGGUGGCUUAACAUUUUAUAGGACACGUCAUAUUUGUAAAAGUGAAAAAAAAAAAAAAAAAAAAGGAAAAUAUACAAAAAUGAACAUCUUCCCUUUCUUGCACAGGGCAUGUACAAACACAAUUAUGUACAAAAAGGACCCUUUUUGUGGGCUAGAUACUCUUCCCUUCAGCUACAUAACUUCUUACUGGUACAGGAUUCCGGGAGGCUUUCUUUUCUUGGUUUCCUCCGGAAGCUGUAUUAGGUGAACCUAUCUGUUGCAUGGGAGAAAGCAGGGAAAUUCUGGUCUAGAGCUGCAUGAUGUAGGCUAUGUGUAUUAACCCAUGUUGGAUCAUGUGUUCCAAACUACCAGGCUAAAUCUGAUAAAACAACAUUAACAGGCAGACAUUGUGGCUGCCUGAUAACUUCCAGUUGUUUAUUAUUUGUUGUAUACACAAAAAUGCACUGAAUAAAAUGUUUAUAUUAAGAUUUACUUUUAAAA